UUUGCAUGAAGUUUCAUAGUAAAUUUUGCGGCAGUUAGCUUUAGCUCUAUAAUUUGUGUUACUAAAUAAUUUAUUUGUUAAAAGCUGUCAUUAUGUGAAAAUUGUAAAACGUUAUUUGGGUUAUUUGUUCCUGCUGAGACAGACGAGAGUGGUAGAUUGGAAAUCGAAACAUAAACUAAGUAGUAUGAGUCAGCACGUGGAUAAUAGAAAGUAAAAGGUGGAUGUUAUCUCUCUGGUGAAUAAUUCAUUCGUUUCUUGUUCCUGCAUUAGAGUUUUGUACAUCUAAGUGUCUGAAAGAGGUCUAGAUUCGAAACAUUUGUGCAAAGAUUCUGUUAAAAUGAAAAUUCUCGCAAAUUAUGAUUGAGUGAUAGCGAAUUCAUGCAGUUUCAAAUGUAUCUGGCAUCGCUCAUUUGCUAUGUGGAUAUUUAUAUGUUGAAAGUUGUAGCGGCCGCCCUUGUUUAAGGAAACAAGAUCUACAAAUGGUUGUGUUUGGUAGAUGAGCCUAAGACAGUUUAAAAGCAUAAUACAUACAACGGAUUGCGCAAAUCUGAGCAUUUUGAAUAACUAUCAUUGGCAUAUAUCAAAUUGCGUUAUAAAAAUCUCACCAAGAAAAAAGGAUUAUUUUCAAUCAAUGGCAGGAUAUGUUCUCCGCGAAAUUGGUUGAUCAUUAAUCAGCUCAAGUUUUUAGAUGCGAAAAUGUUCGAGAAACAACGCAAAAACAUUCAAGUUUUUCGCCGAGGCUUUAAACGUGGUCUAAUGGUGUAUUAAACAUAUCCCGCUGCAAUGAGACCAAGCACAUUAAACCUCCGGCAACAAAACCAUGAUGUAUCUCGAGAUUUUUUGAGAGAGGCCUACAGAGCGUGGAAUGAACGAUCGGAUGACUGUGUUGUUCCUGGAAACGACAUCAAGUUGCUGUUCAAUACAUUGAAUCUAUUUCCAUCAACAGAGCAGGUUCAUGACAUGUUACAAACCGCAAAACUAGUUUUGCAAACCUGUAAUAAUUGUGCUUCGAUAGCAACGCCUAAAACCGGACUGAAAUUCGGGGAAUUUUUGGUGCUACUAUCUGAUAUACGGAAGUUAAGACAUACAUCUAUAUUAAAUAACCAUGACAUCUCUCAACCAGUCUCAUCUGAGGCUGUCAAACAUACAUCCUUAAGCAAAAAGUUUGAUGAACCAGCCACUGAAGCAGCGGCUGGUCCCGAAGUAUUUUUAGGAGGCUCUUGCAACCCGACGACUUGGCGUGCUGACGUUGCAAUUCCAACGCUGGACCGCUUGGGUAUUUCUUUCUAUAAUCCUCAAGUAUCACAAUGGACUCCAGAUCUGCUAGAGUUAGAGCAUCGCGCGAAAGAGAAAGCAAAAGUGUUAUUUUUUGUCAUGGAUUCGCAAACAAGAUCUACUGCUGGCGCUAUUGAGGUUGCUCAUAUCGCUGGAAGAAACUCUAAGCAUUUGGUUUUAGUAUUGCUGCCUUAUAAACAAAAUCAAAAAAUACUUGAUGAAACACUAACAAUCGAUGAAUAUAUGGAUCUGUCUCGAAACCAACUAUUACUGAAGCAAUUGGUAAGGCGUAAAGGUUUACCUGUGCUAGAUAAUAUCCCGCUGGCACUAGAAUACAUAAAGAAUAUACUGUCUGGGAAAUCCUGUCGAAGGCAUCCACAGAACAUUGCUACAAGACUGAUUUCCGUUCGAAGAACUUUUGACAGAGUUGUAGAAAACUCAAACUUCGCCAUCACUUUAACACAAUGUCAAAAGGCGCUUGUUACUUUGGGAUAUCCGUCGGGAAUAGCAUCAAUCACAGCAAUCAAACAAAUAAUGGCAUAUUUUGGACAGAUAAAACGAGACAAUAAACCCAACGCUUCGUCGAGUUCUUCAUGCAUUACGAUCAGCAAUGUUGGUAAUGGUGCCACAGAUGAAACUAUGUCGAUCACAUUUGAAGGACUAUGCAUAUUGGACUCGUACUUCUCUGUGCUUCAUCAAGAAAUUUUAGAAACAAGCUGUGUUUCACCUAUUAAAGGCACCAAUCUACAACAGCCGCCGAUAUACCUAUCUAAUUCACCGGAAUGGCAUCAUCGUAUUCCAUCAUCUCCUCACGCCUCUACCUCAUUUGUAAUUGAAGACGCAGUCUUGAGGAAUUGCUUAUCCACCACACCUAAAAGCAAUUUGUCGGAUACAACAUUUAAUCGUAAAUACGAAAUAAAUGUAUCUCAUCAUAUUAACGAUUCUACGGAUUCUGAAUACACAAAUAAUGCAGAAUACUGCAGGAGAUAUGAUCAAAAAGAGGAGUCACUUCAAAACACUCAACAACGUGUCGAUGAUAAAAUAAGUAUUUCGUCGAAAACUUCAGAAUCGAAUAUGCAAUCAUCUUUUAAAAUUCGAGAUAUAUAUUUAGGUGGCAGCUGUUGGAUGCUGACUAAUUGGCGUCAAAAAUAUGCUUUUCCAUAUCUUAGAUCAAAAAACGUUACAUUUUACACAUCAAGUUUUUACGAAGGAUUUGAAACUGCAGCUAAUAUGGAGAAUAUUUUGAAUGAAGAGGAGGAGAACGAGAACGAAUCGAUGUUUAACCCUGCUCUUCUUGACUUGAGCCGUGUUCUCUUGUUUGUCAUCACUAACGACACACGGUCGCUCGGAGCAAUGACUAUGGCAGCGCAUUACAUAGGAAUGGGUUAUAAUGUAAUCAUGUGUGUUCAGAUGCUUUCCAACGGAUGUGUACUCAGAGGAACACAGCUUUCAAAUUCCGCCGUGAAGGACUAUAACCGUGGACGUACCUAUCUUAUUGACCUUGCGAAACGACAAGGUAUUCCUGUAUUCAACGAAAUUCAAGAAGCCCUUGAUUGCGCAGUAGAAAAAUUACGGGUAUACUAAUAAAGAAGAGUAACAUCCAUAUGCGGAGCUUUACGCAAAAUAAUUUAGUAUGAUGUAGAAUUACAAACAAAUAGCCUAAAUACGGUAAAAAUGUCUAUAUUAAAGAAUAGUUAUGUAUAUAAUUAGUAAAAACAUCAUCAUUCGUUAUGUUUUCAAUCUUAUUUCUGAAUUGUAUAUGUUUAAUAGUACUUAUAGUUUUACGCAGAACUUUGCAGUAAUAAGCAUUCUUUUAUUGACGUACUUUGCAUCACAAUUAUUUUUAGGUUGCUGUUACAAUUUAAGUAUAAAAAAUUUUGUAUAGUCUACAGGCAAGUUUUUAAAAUUGACGUUCAUGUAUGAAUUAGGAACCUGCAUUUUUAACGUAAGUUAUUUAGAUUCUUGAAACUAAAAUCUCAAACUAAACUUACUAUUUAAAUAAGU